AUGUACGGACAUAACCAAGGAAACCAGUACCCUGGGUACCCAGGCCAUCCUCAGCAGAUGCCAGGGGGAUACCCUCAGUGUCCUCCAGGUGCUGUCCCACCACCACACUUCCCUCCUCAGCCCCAUGGUCCACCUGGAGGCAACUACGGCCACGGACCAGGACCUGGUUUUGGUUACGGCCAGGGCCAGGGUCAUGGACAGUGCCCUGGACAGGGACAUGGCCAUGGACAUGAGCAUGGGCAUGGACACGGACAGGGACAUGACCACGGACACGGACAUGGACAUGGACAUGGACAUGACCACGGACACGGACAUGGACAUGACCACGGACACGGACAGUGCCAUGGUGGGCACGGCCAUGGACAUGGACACAAGAAGCACAAGAAUAAGCAUGGUCACAAGCAUGGCGGUUGUCACAAGAAAGGAAAGGAUAGCCACGGGUCCUCCAGCAGUUCCUGCAGCAGCAGCAGCGACUCUGACUAG